AUGAUAUGUCCAAUUGCUGGAUUGCAUACAGUAAAAAGAAAUUGGAAAAUCUGUGGAAAAGUUGUUGCUAAAAGUGAAUUAAAAACAUGGGAAAAUGACAAGACUAAUGGAAAAUUUUUCAACUUCGUGAUUGCAGACUCUACAAGCUGUAUAAAAGCAAUCGCAUUCAAUUCUCAAUGUGAAAAAAUUUUCCCAAUCAUAAAAAUAAAUGCGAUAUACUACAUUUCUAAUGGAACUGUGAAAGAGACCAAAAAACAAUUUAUGGAGCUUAAAAAUCCAUACGAAAUUCAUCUUUAUAACAAUGCGCAAAUUGAAAUAGCAAAAGAUGCUAUUGUGGUGGAACCUGAAUACAAUUUUAUGAAGAUCGCUGAUCUGACAGAUACUCCGGCUAACGAAUUAAUUAACAUCAAGUGCGUCGUUAAACAUAUUGAAACUCUAGAGGAAUUCGGUGUCGAUAAAAUAAGUUACAAACGCAAUAUUGCAUUAAUUGACGAUAGUGAAUCCGAAAUAAAAUUGACUCUUUGGAAUGAAAAGGCAAAAACAUUUGCUUGUGAAGAAGGUUCUGUAAUAAUGGCAAAACGCUUGAAAGUAGUCGAUUACAAUGGAAAAAAUUUACUUGCACUGGAUGUUUCAAAUAUAAAAAUCAAUCCUGACAUUCCUGAAUCACCAAUUUUGAAAGCAUGGUUCUUUGAUCAUGGGAGAAAAAUUUCUAAAAAUUGUUUAACAUUGGAACCAAAAAAUGUCAAUCUACAAACGCUGAAACAAAUUUCCAUUUCUACAAAUGCUCAUUGCCAAGCAACUGUUGUUGAGAUUAAAGCAUGUAAUUUCUAUUCCUCAUGCCCAGAUGGUUGCAAUAAGAAAUUGAUUGAGGACGAAGAUGGUUUCUACAAGUUUGAUACCUGUGAUAAAGUGAUGAUGGAAGGUAACCAAAAGCUAGUUUUGAAAGUGAAAAUAGUCGAUUUCAUCGCUACUAUCGAUGUAGCAAUUUACAGUGAGAUAAUUGAAACACUGACAAAUUGCAAAUGUGAACAAUUGUCAGUCUUAGAAAUCGAAAAUCGAUCUGAUUUCGAAGCUAAAUUGCAUGAAUGCAUAUUAUUGAAUGUAUAUACGUUUGAUAUAAGAAUUAAGAUGGUUACCCGUGAUGGAAUUACGAGUCCUGAUUACAUAGUGAAUAGAAUGAACCGAAAAACUGAAUCUCCAUAUCAAACAAUAAAUGCAAUAAAAAAUCUCGCAAAAGAUUUAGCUGAAUUGAAAAAAUGUAUUUAA